UGCAUUUCUUAAAAAAGAAUUGAUGUUAUGCAUCAAUUGCAAAAAAAAUGUAGAAAAUGUGGGUUAUUCGCUGAUAGCAGCAAUUACUGAUUUUCAAGAAGAAAAACAAAAAUUUUCUGGAACCCAAAACUCUUAUUAGGCACCUUCAAACCUUGACCAGAACUCUUGCAUCAAUUCAUACGCAUAACUUGAAUAUACAUAUUGUGUUUUGUGUAUAUAUCUUCAUAUGCUUCAGAUUCCAAUUACAGAGUACACCUCUUUGAUGUAAUGAUUGAUUCUGGUCCGGGCUUUUGAAAUUUAGUCAUUCUUUUUCCGGUUGUGUUUCUUUGGAUUCUCCAAAUACUUCUUCCUUCUCAUAUAUUUCCGGCUGCAUAACUUAUUCAGCUUUAAGCCCUUUUUGAGUGGCUCUGGUUUUGGGAUUUCUGAGAAGAAUUGAAUUCUUGUUCUGCUGUCUUGAAUUUUCAAGAAUUAUCUUUUUCCCUGUAGAUUUGCAUUGUGGCAAAAAGGGAGUUGUGUGAUCAACAUACUCGUUUUUGCCUUUAUUUCUGAUGUUGUUUGGGGCUGCCAUGCAUUUUUCUGAACCUCAGGUUUCUUCACAUCAAGAAUAGAGUUUUUUUGAGAAAAGAUGGGCUGUCUUUGUUCAAAAAGAUCAGAUACAGAAGAUUUUGUUGCAGAAAAUGAAAAGGAGAAAGAAAAAGACCCAAGCAAAUCCUCAGCACAGGUGGUUUCUCCCUUGAAGACGGACGAGGUUAUAGUAGGACCAGGGGAUAAAAACAAUGAAGCUUCCCUUCAUUCAAGAUCCAAGACAUCAAUAGAAUCCAACAUGACCGUCGUUCCGCCUGCAAAUGCUGAGGAAAAUUCCAAGACAAGAAUCAUUGAAAGGCCUAAAAAUGGUCAUCGUCGGAAUUCAACCACGGAAUUGAAGGGAGCUAAUGGAAUGCAGCAGCCAAUGUCUAGGAUUCUAAGUAUGCCAAAUGGUGUCAAAGGCGAGCAGGUAGCCGCAGGAUGGCCGUCGUGGCUGUCUUCAGUUGCGGCAGAGGCCAUUAAAGGUUGGUCUCCUCGAAGUGCAGAUUCGUACGAGAAGUUGAACAAAAUCGGCCAAGGAACAUACAGUAGCGUCUACAUGGCUCGUGAUUUAACAAAUGAUAAAACUGUGGCAAUGAAGAAAGUAAGAUUUGUUAAGAUGGACCCCGAGAGUGUCCGUUUCAUGGCAAGGGAGAUCUGUAUCCUACGUAGGUUAGACCACCCAAACGUCAUGAAGCUUGAUGCUAUAGUGACAUCAAGAGUAUCAGGAAGCUUGUAUCUUGUAUUUGAUUACAUGGAGCACGAUCUUGCUGGACUUCUAGCGUCACCGCGGGUCAAAUUUACCGAACCACAGAUUAAAUGUUAUAUGCAGCAAAUUUUAUCUGGACUAGAACACUGCCACAACCGUGGUGUUCUUCAUCGAGAUAUUAAGGGUUCAAAUCUUCUAGUCGACAAUAAUGGAAUUCUUAAGAUUGGAGAUUUCGGUUUGGCUACAACCUUUGAGCCUGGCCAAAAUCAGCCAUUAACUAGUCGGGUCGUAACUCUCUGGUACAGGGCUCCCGAGCUGUUGCUUGGUGCAACAGAGUAUGGACCAGCAAUUGAUUUGUGGAGCACAGGUUGCAUUCUUGCAGAAUUGUUUGCUGGGAAACCUAUCAUGCCCGGAAGAACAGAGGUGGAGCAAAUGCAUAAGAUAUUCAAGCUGUGUGGUUCACCUACAGACGAGUACUGGAGAAAAACAAAACUACCACACGCUUCUAGUUUUAAAUCACAGCGCACAUACAAGCGUCGUCUUGCUGAUACAUUCAAAGAGUUUCCUUCAUCAGCCUUGGCUCUUGUGGAAGUACUCCUCUCUAUUGAUCCAGAGGAAAGGGGUACUGCUUCUUCUGCACUUAAAAGUGAGUUCUUCACAUCAAAUCCUCUACCGUGCGAGCCAUCUAACAUACCAAGUUAUCCUCCAAGUAAGGAACUUGACGCCAAGAUCAGAGAAGAGGAGGCCAAAAAGAGAAAAGCCGAGAGUGUUAAAGGACAUGGAGCUGACACGAGGAGUCAUUCAAGACAACAGAAGGCUGUUGCUGAAGGACAGGGACAAUCUAGCAAGUUCACAAGUUAUAAGUACAACCCACAGGAGGGCAGUGGAACUGGUUUCCCUAUGGAGCCCCCAAGAGGAAAUUUGAACAAUGGAUAUUCUCAUUCUAACUCAAUGAUUCACCCCAACGCGAUAGGAUAUGCUUAUAAGAAGAUAGAGGAUGAUCCUGGUCUAUCAGUCCCAGCACGAUCGCUAGUCUCUUUUCAACAUCGUGGAGGACUCACAAGACAAAGCUCUCAAGUGCGUCAAUCAGUAGCAGACAUAUCGGAUUACCAACUCAAGGAUGUUGGCAGGACGUCGAACAAUGACUCAGUAGGUUAUGCACCUAAGAGAAACAGGAUACUUUUCUCUGGACCGUUGGUGCCUCCAGGGGGGAACAUGGACGACAUGCUAAAAGAGCAUGAAAGACAAAUACAAGAGGCAGUACGCAAGGCACGGAUGUCAAAACAGAAUGGCUAAAAUUCUCGAUCAGACUACAAGAAAAAGCCAAGAACUGCUUAGGCUACAAGUAGUUAUCAUUAAAUAUGGUGCCUUGCUGCCUUGUCCAGAGAAAGAAUAAUGUGAUUGUAUAUUUAUUUUGUUGGGUAGCAGAUGGAGCUUUCGGACCAGCCAAGGGUGAUGGAAGGCAGAUGAGAAGUUUGGCCAGUUUGAGAGUAAAGUCUGUUUAGUUUUUCAUUUUAGACUUAUGACGGUGCUAAUAGAGCAAGGGUCAUACUUGUUUUGUACGUGGACUUGUGCCUUAUAUGGGAGGGGAUUGGUCUUUUCUAUAGUACAGUGUUCCUCAGUUUUACAAUUUUUAGAGAAUGUAAAUCCUUUCCUUUCUUCAUUAAAUAGCUUCGAAAGUGUAGGUGGAAAUAGAAUUAUAGGAUAACAUGUAUGCUUAUGGAGCAAAGUUUUUCUUGAAAAAUGAACUGUCAAAAGACAUGCAUAUGAUAAAGAGAGAGUGCCAAAUUAUAACUGUUAAGUAAAUCUGGAAUUCCUAAUGAGUGAAACAAAUAUUUAUCCUAACAUAUGUAAAGGAAACCUGCAACUUAAAUCAAAUGUCUGCAGUAAAGGUUAUUAUUCAGAACAUUAAACCUCUGGUACUUACAUGCAUAAAUAGAAACCUUAUUUAUAUAUUUAAAAAAAAGGGGGGAAGAAAGGGAAAAAAGAAAUUUCUACUUAAUUAUGUCUCUAAGUUAACUACUGUACAUUUGGACGAACUUCUCAUUG